UGGUGUUGAAUCUAAGUUUCUUUGUUCCUCUGAAAGCAGACUGGACUGUGUGUUUUUAUUCUAAUGCCAUUCUUUCUCCAGGGCUGUGUGCAAUGUUUGUGUUUUAUUCACCGUCUAUGGAGAAUCUAACCAUACAUGGAUGUAUUUCAUUUGUCGACCUGCCUUUUAUAGGUCAUCAUUAUAAUCCUCAUUUCGUCAUUGCAUUGCUCUACAAUAGCCCCUCUGACAUCAGAUUUUGGUGGGGGGUUGGCUGGUUUUCAACACCCCCCUUAUAAUUCAGCCACGGUAUGUUUGCUUCAGAAAUAGGAGAAAUAGGCUUCUUCGUGGAAAUCUGAUAUAUGGCAAUAUACGGAGUUCAAAUAUAUGGAUAUCCAACCUAUAAUGGACGUCUAUGUGACCUAUAUGCCAACUUAUUUGAAACUGGGAUAUAUACGUCAGCAUAUACAACAAUAUAUGAUAGAAAGCAUUAAUCAUAUAUGGAUGUCCACCCACCUAUCGGAUGGUCCAUAUAUAAUACAUAUAUGUACACUACAUAUAUGACCAUUUAUUUUGAAAUAUGUGUCUAACCCUGCAUGAUAUAUAUGCAUAUAUGGCAAUAUAUCAGAUUUCCAUUUUGGAAAAUAGUAGAAAUAGGCGAUGAUAGAUGUACAACAUCGACUCAUUAAUCGAUUGAUGUUGCCUAUCGGCUUCGUGUGGACCCCUAAUCUGCUUUUCCUGGGUGGAAAUAUUGGUAUUAUAAGCAUAACCGUCUCUCUGGUUGUAUGUUAGCUAGGCUGUGUAUGUAUUAUGGCUGAUGGGUUUGAGGUCAGUGUUAAUACUGCUGAUCCGAGCUGUCAUUGCUGUGACCCUUUUCCUCUCAGCUGGAAGAAAAUUCACCCCCUAUUUACAGCCGCUGCUUUGUCAAAUCGGCCAGUUUUAUACUUUGUUUAGAAUUCAUUCAUCGUUUCGACCAUCGCUGGACAGUUUUUUUUUCCAGCUUUUUCCUUUUUUUCCCCCCGUUCAAAUGUAAACACUGCUGGUUGCCCCUCGAAAUGGUGCACCAAGGAAACCAAAGGGAAGCGAUGUUGUUGUUUUCCUCCUCCUAAAGGCGCCUGGCGCUCAUACUAAACAUUUUACAAGAGCUUAAAGUCGAGAUUAGGCCUUAAAAGUCUCCAUUUUCCAGUUUUAAGCCCGACAGCAGUCAAUAUUCCUGCAGCUUUUUUUCCUUUUGUCGUGUAUUUUUCCGUCCUCCGGUCCCGAGAAGGCGGGGCCAAGCUGAAAAAACGACGCCGGUGACGUCAAAGCGUUUCGAUGCGCCCGCCCACCGCCGACGAAGUCCCGCCCACACUGAAAGCCAUUCAAAUAGAUGCUAGGGUUUCCCAACAAUGACUGUAUUAACCCUUUAUCUGGAGCAGCGGCCUGAAAGCUCACCUUAGUACGAAAUACUGUCGGUUGAAAUAAUGAAAUAAUCGCUUAAGUAGGGACCCAAAAAUAUAAAAAAAAAUCCAUGUAGAGCUGCAGUGGAACUGUACAUCCAGGAUCUAUCAGCAUAGGAACUGAAGAACCGAAAUUCAGGCCUUUGCAGUACAAGAGAGACCAUAAAUUUGCACUUCAAAAGCCCAGCUACUCUUCCAAGACUCCUUCAUCAACAAGGGCUUGACAAGCGAAAGAGGCCAACACACCGUGCUGAUCACUCUCAAACUGCCACUGAAGACCAACAAAAUUAGUACCUGUAAAUAGAUUAUUACAUUUGUUUUCUAAGAAAAACACCAAGGCAGCUCUCUCUCAGGACAUCAACAAAUCCUGCCCUUUGACCUCUGUGGCAGCAACCAUGUUCCAGCGGCUCAGCAACCUGUUGUUUGGAGAGGUGGAGGACGUCUCCGCCGAGCUGAAUGGACCCAAGCCCUGUGUGUCCGAGGCUGAUGAGGAAGGAUGGCUUUUGGUCAACUUACCCGGUAAUGGUGACUGUACCAUGUUGGGCGAGGAUGGGGCCGAGGCACCACCAACAGCGCAGUCCCUUCCCAACAGUGAGUGUCAGAGGGCGGAGUCUAAACAUGUUCCAGCCACGCCCCCUCGGAUAUGUGACCCCGCCCCUUCCCCACGUAAAAGCCGCAGGACUAGAGUGGCCAAGGCUAAGGCGGCAUGCCCCCCGUCUCCCUGCUCCCCCGACUUCCCCCUUUGCCCUAAUUCUCCCUCCCCUGUUGGGUCAGUAGGAGUGAAUGCGAUGUCCAGCCCCGCCCACUGCCCGCUGGGCUCCGCCCCCGUGUCGCCGGGUUCCCGUAGCGACUGUAGCAGUGGCGGCAGCGGGCUGGAGCGGGGCAGCAUGGACGAGAGCUGGUUUGUCACCCCUCCCCCCUGUUUCACUGCAGAGGGAGCCACCGCGGAGGCCAGCCCGAUGGAGGACCUACUCAUCGAGCACCCCAGUAUGUCCGUCUACGUCUCCCCCGGAAACCUGUCUGUGGUGGAGCAGAGCACGGCCAGCCUGACCAGCAGCGUGAGCAGGAUGUCUGAGUCAGUGCCACCCCCUGCGGUCAGGAGCAGCAUGCCUCCCAGGAUGGCCCGAGGAGCGGCCUGUCAGGCGGUCCCCCUGGCCAAGGUGACGCAGGUGUCCCGUGUACAGAGGGCCAAAGCCCGCGUGGAGCGCCGCCACUUGGGCCGCAACCGCAUGCAGCGCCAGAACCGCGUCCGCGAGCAGAUCCCACGACACACCGCUGGCGCCCGCAACUCCUUCCUGCACCAACCGUGCCAGCGCAGCCUUUGCCACUGACCGGCCCCUGGGGCAAAGCUUCACACUGAGGGCAUUAUUAUAAAUACAUAGUAUCUAGGAGAGGGGUGUCCAAUUCCAGCACAGUUUGUAGCUGAUAUUUUCCUGCUCUUCAAGCAUAUUGUAAUUGGAAUAGUUUUACCUGGGGAGGUAUUAUAGUUUAAGAUGUUAGCGAUGUGAUUGACGAUGAGAUUAGAGUAGUGAAUGGCCUUCUGUUACUGGCUGAACUCAGAGCUCCCUGAGUAAUAGUAGUCCUGUUCUUAUCCAUCUUACCCUAAUAACAAAACAUAGCAUUGUGGGGUGUUGUUAUUGUUAUUGAAUGUGUUCUGUGGACGUGAACGGGGACAUGAACACCCAUGCUAUGACCAUAAGUCAUGCUAUCUGUGGGAGAUCGGUGAAAUUGUGCAGAUACUUUUUCUUGUACCAGUUAAAUCCCACAAAUUACAUCACAUAAACUCCUCUGAAAGCACUUGAAUCCCACUCGAGCAGUGCUUAACCUGGCAACUGACUGCUGAGUUGAGCAUAGAAAUCACCAAACUGUGCUGAAAAAAGGCCAUCCAGGCCCAGAGCUGGACACCCCUGACCUAGACACACCACUUGUUGUCUAUUAUCAUCCACUGAAAUUCUUUCCUACACCACAGCUUUUAUUUUUUAGCAUUUUCAUGUUUCUUAGAAGUGACACAGGUAGAGUUAGCUUAGCCCACGUUAGCCUAGUCCAAUUUACUCUGCAGCUGUAACAUGCCAAGCUAAAGCAGGGUUUUUAGCUUAUAGUGCUCAAAUCCAUCCAUUAAGAUCUCUCUCUCUGUCUCUGUCUCUGUCUCUCUCACCCCACUCAUGUAAUCAGCAAGAAUUUUUCGUUCGGGUGGUUAGGAUGGCUCCACGUUAAACAGUAGCAGCUUUUCCUCAUAUCUUACGAAUACCGUUCACAUGUAGAGUUGCUAAACUGUCAAGAAGUGAGCAUGGCAACAUAAAAAAUAUUAAAAACAACAGGACAUCUAUGUGUAGCAGGGCCAUCCAAAAAAGUUACACCAACAAUAACACAGGGUCAGUACAGGAAUGGACAUUGAAAUGAUUGAAAUGGGUCUGAGGUUGUAGUCUCAUGUCCUUUAUUUGCUUUCAUGUUUUGUGUUGGAAAAGUCCAUUUUUCUCUUUUCUUUUUUUUGGGAAUUUUGAAAAGAGGAAAGAGCAUACCGUAGAAACGUGUUGCUAUGUGGGCAGAACUUCCAGCAUGGAAAAAGGGAUGCACUGAGGAAAAGUAAUGCACUACAUUUAUUUCAUUCAAAAAUGUACAUCAUUUCCACAUAAAUAAAAUAUAUCACAUCAACACUAGUUUGCCUUUCAGUUUACUUACCUUUGGCAAUAAGCGUGUUUAUGUGAUAUAUUUUAGUAAAAUUCAAUGCAUUACGUUUUUCAGUGUGUGCUUUUACAACACACAGAAUGAAAAAAGUAAGUACAGGAAGGUGAGAGCGAGAAUAAAACAGAUUAAAGAGGCCUCGGGCGUGUUGGACAGAAUCAGGGUUGAUGGGGAAUCAGAGAGGAUUUCAUUAAGUAAGUAUUGUAGCCCACUAAGCAGCCUGAGUAGGCCUACUUAAACAGUCUUAUGGUAGCAGCUUAAGGAGGAAAUCCCACCAAAGAAUGAAAUUUUAUAAUUGGUUUGAUUCUUUAGCGCUUUACGUGUUUGAUUAAUUUUGUGGGUGGGGUUUCCUCUUAAAAAACCCAACAAAAUGCUCAGAAACAGGUUAAUGUUACUCUUCAGUAUUUUGUACCUCAUCAGAAAUGACUUGAGUGUCACAGCAUAUCAGCAUCUAAUGGAAUACUCCAGAGUUUUGGAGCAAAUCUGUUUUGUACGCUCCAUUACCGUGGAAAAAUCAUUUUGACACAUUUCCCUGAAGCAGCUGGCCACUGGCUUCAGCUGUGAGUUUUGGGUCAGCACUUUUUUUUGUUUUACUGGGCUGAAAAAACACUGGAGUAUUCCUUCAAGGUUAUAUACUUAUAUGAUUGUCAGUAUAUAUUUCGGAAGCGGUCACAGGCUGCUGUGGGUUACAGGGUGAGUUGGCGUAUAUAGAAGGUGCAGGACGGUAUAGAUGGCGACUCUUUAUUUUGUUUUAUUAUGUUGAACACUGGCAGCCAAAAAUUUGAUUCAAAUGCAGUGAUGUUUACUGGCUGUUUUUUUCUGUUCAGUUCUGUUCAUCCAGCUGUCACAAUCCAGAUGAUGGAAAUAGAAUUAUAACAUGAGCUGAUUGAUAAAAAUCAUUCUUAAGUACAGCUGAACCAUUGAUAUAUGAAUCAGUGGGCUGCACACAUUUCUAUAUUUAUGCUACACGCUUGUCCAUGCUAGCAAGUUCUUGAAUUUUUAACAACAAUAUUUUUAACAAGUUCGACAGAAAUGCGCUUGCAUAAGUACAUUAGGAUGGAGUCACAAGAGAAAAUAGUGUGGCAAAGUUAACGAGUCCUUGUUAAAAUGAAUAUUAAAAUGGACUUUUACCUCUGAUGCCACAUAAUAAAGUAAGGAAAUGUAGCGAUCACUGCAAAAAAGUACAUUUGAGCGAUUUUUUGGCUACCAGUCUAAUUUGGAUAAUAUUUUUUUCUUUUAGAUCCACCACAAGGCCUCAGACCCCAUUUCUGUCCCUGUCCUGUGAGCCCUUUUUCAGCAUCAGACGGGAUGGCUUAAUACCCAAUGCUCAGUCGCGCUACAGAAAAAUUCACUGUGAUCAGACAAGAAAAACAAAACUAUUUGAUGUCAAAGUUAUAGAAGAGGCAAGAUCAUUCAGUUCUCAUUUGAACCAUCUGCCGUUACACUAACAGAUUCAUUUUACACUCAUGCACUGUAACACCAGAGUGGGAGCAUGGCAGGAAACUUUAGCGUACCGAAGCUAACCAGUAUACAUUUCAGUGUUAGCAAAGAUGUUCUCACUAGCUAGGUGGAUAGAGGAGGGAAAAAUACCUCUGCACACUUUUCCACAUGCACAAUCCAUUAUUUUACAUCGCUCAGUGUUACCUUCCUGCCAUUUUUGAACGUUAUCCUCCGCGUUUUGUGCGCUGGCUUAUGUGUAGUGUCAACGCUAAUAGAUUUACUAUGGUGCUGAAGGUAUAUGAACAUAUACUGCUAUUUGUAAAUCGUUGAGACUUGGAUGUAAGUUUUUGCACUGUCUUACAUUUUAUGGUGAAUCAACGUUUUUAGCUGUGUGCAAUUUUCUCUCUCAACAAAACAGCUACAGGCGGCGAAUGUGAGGGUGAUGCUAAUGUGCAUGAGCUAGGAAGAGUCCAAAAGGAUGACUUAUUUUAAAUUAUUUGCAUUUAUGUAUAUAAUGCACAGUACAGUGUUUGAAUGACGUGUGUGUUUAUGAAUUGCUUUAGCGCUAAACGAUGUCACCACCUUUCGACUGCAAAACCAAGUUGGUCCAAUCAUACAGUGCCCUCUACUGUGCGUUAGCGUGAAGUGAACCUACUUUUUUGAGUUUUCUUUCUCACAAGGUCCUGUCACAUGUCUGUCGAUCCACCUUUUGGCUAAAGAGAGUGAGCGUGUACCUGAUUAUCCACUUCCGUUUUCUUUUUAUUAUGUUAUACAUGCAACAAACUUUCCUAUUGACUGCUCACCUUCAAAGAUGUCAAUGUAAUGUUAUACUUAAAGAAAUUAACAGAAAACUAAUAUAUAUACACACAUAUAUCCCAAUUUUUCUUUAUGUUUUUAGAUUUUUUUUCUUCUUCUUUGAAAAGGACUGUGUACUUCGCCUUUACUCUACAUGGAUGAAUGUUGGGGUGGAUCUCUCGGGACGUUUCCUAUCAGCGUCAAAGGGAACUUUGUUAGAUUGUUCCCUAGAAAGACACUUAUUGUGUCUGUUUUACAUGGUGCUUCUCACCUACUGGCACGCCUACAUGACGGGCCAUAGGUGCGUAUUGAGGAAAUGUAGUGUAUCAUGUCCCAUGGUGUUAUGAAAACUGAGUUAAAGGAACAGCUUGACCAAACAUGCUAAUGUGGCUAACAGCGAAUGGAAAAUUAUAGCCUUUCAGCAUCACAUCAUGUGCAUAAUGCUCAGCCCACAAAUGCGUUCUUUAUUAUGUAUGCGUGUGAGCCCUACUGAAAAAAAAGCACAAACCAGAAUGGACUGGUCUAUACUGGUUUAUGCUGGUCUUGUGCUUGACUGAUUUUGGUUUAGCUGGGAAAGAUUGCCAGAUCAUAGUAUUUUUUGUUCUGAGGUAACAUUAGCAUGGUGGCUAAUUCAUCAAUGCCUAGUUCUGUUUAGGUACGACAGUCGUAGCAUUUAAAACUUGAAACUCUGAUCAUAAACAAAGAAUGCUACAGUUUCUCACAGGUUGAAUGGGAUUUUUGUAAAGCUUACCCAAAUUAGCAACAUUAGCUAUGAAAGAACGCGUUUGUAGGAGUAGCAACAUUAGCUCCAAUGGUGGCUGUUUGUUUCCACUCAGUGUUAGCAAUAGCAACAUUAGCUUUUUUGACUGAACUACUCCUUUGAGAUGCCUUCACCCUCUAUUGAGAUCCAUCAUCGUUCCCUUUUGCUAUUUUUGGUCUUGUUUUUGCGCACUCCUGGCCACCAUUGUCCUCUGCCGAUGUUGUUAUUGUCCUUUUCUUUGGGAUUUUAUUAUUUCUUUCUCUGUGUGUAUAUGACUAAUGAAAUGUGUGGGUAUAGAGAGGAGAGUUUGGGGUAAAUUUGAGUGCUUAGCUGAUGUGAUGUGCGAACCUAGAGAGGGAGGGUAAUUUAAAACAUAUAAUGACACGUACUGAUAAAUGAAAACUAAAGUAAAAAAAAAAUAUAUGUGCUUGUAUUUUUAUCUCAUAUUAUUAGAACAGUCGUUCACUUUAUUAUAUUGUCGAAAAUAAAGGGGGUGGACCAUCAGACGAGGAGACGGCGAAUCCGCUCCGUUCCUCCGUUUGGUUUUGGCGCCCUGAAACUAUGGCAGCUUUUGAAACGUAGGGGUUUACCUUUUAGGGGGAAUCCUCUUCAACGAGUACACCCCCUUCACAAAAAAAUGACAAAAAAGUACAAAUAGAAUAUAUUUAAAAAAUUGAAUGGUGUAUCUGAUAUCUAUGGUGAUUGUGCCUUUCACUAUUCUGCAUGGUUUUUGUGAUUUGCUGACGUUUUGAUCCCCUCUGUGUGGGCAGUGGUCCAGAAGCAGUAGUAGAGACCUAUGCAAAAAUACCAGGAUGGGGUUCCAGCAUCCAUUCAGAAAUGCAGGUACCAGACAAAAAAAGAAUAAAAGAAAAAACUCUCAGGAUGAAAA